GCUCUCUCGUCCCUUCAUGCUGCCGAUGUGGACGAGGAGAAACGGGGAACUCGCUGAGGAGCGAACAACUCAUGGAUUUAGUUUCAUACAGCAUAGAACAACGGCGAACAGCACAAGACUUCUUGUCAGUCAUACAGUGGCUUUGUCUCUGUGGGGGAAAUGGAGCUGAAAGGAAACAGCGAAAGAGUGGAGCUUCGUGAUGAACAAUGCAAGGCCGGCCGAAGGGAGAGCUUGAAGAGGAACUGGGAUGACGGCUGAUUGGUUCUUUUCCAACCUCUGACGUCUGCGUGGGCUUCAUCCAAAGUGGAGGCGGAUCAAUGCGGGCAGAUGGAGAAAUGUUCACGGUCUAACGUGGUCCCCCCCCACCUCCAACCCAGCCGGCCUCCAUCCCACCCCGGAUCCUCCUCCGCCUGUCUGGGCCCGGCCCUGAUGAGAGGCGUGCCUGCAAAGGGGUAACACAUGUUGAGGGCUGAGGACCGGAGGAGCUUCUUUCUUCACGGCUGCUAUGAUUUGGCUCCAAGGUGCUUUUUGUGUAUUUUCAUCUCAGCAUCAAAGUACGCGUUGAGGGUGAAAGUUUGUGUGAAGUGUAGAUGUGCAAAGUUUCUGUCCGUGCGAUUGAAGCCUCGUGUUGAAAUGUUUGCGCAUCUGGCCGUGUGGUUUCAUCUCCUGGCCCUCCUCUGCCCUCCGGUCGGGGCCUCCAUGGACUCCUGCUACGACGAGGAAGGCGCCCCCGGCCGCUGCAUGCCCAAGUUUGAGAACGUGGCCUUCAAUCGAAGCGUAGAGGCAUCCAACGUAUGCGGCUCGCCGCCCGAGGAGUACUGCAUGCAGACGGCGUCCAUGCGCUCGUGCCACACGUGCGACGCGUCCGACCUGGGAUUGAGCCACAGCGCCGCCAUGCUGACGGACUUCCACCGGAACGACGAGCCGACGUGGUGGCAGAGCCAAUCCAUGCACUUCGCCGUGCAGCAUCCCAAUUCGGUCAACCUCACGCUCCACCUGGGAAAAGCCUUCGAGAUAACCUACGUCCGACUGAAAUUCCACACCAGUCGGCCCGAGAGCUUCGCCAUCUACAAACGCACCGAGGUGGACGGACCUUGGCUGCCCUAUCAGUUCUACAGCGCCUCUUGCCGGGAGACCUAUGGGAAGGGUGAGAAGGGCUUCCUUCGACAGGGAGAUGAUGAGAGGACAGCUUUCUGCACGGAUGAGUUCAGCGAUAUCUCGCCUCUUACUGGGGGGAACGUGGCCUUCUCCACCCUGGAGGGACGACCCAGUGCCUACAAUUUCGACCAGAGCCUGGUGUUGCAGGAAUGGGUGACGGCCACUGACCUUCUCAUCUCACUGGACAGGCUGAACACCUUCGGGGACGAGGUCUUUAAGGAUGCCAAAGUGCUGCGUUCCUACUUCUACGGCAUCUCCGAUUUCUCUGUGGGUGGCAGAUGUAAGUGUAACGGCCACGCCAGUGAGUGUGGGCAGGCGGAAGAUGGCGGAGGCGGCCUGGUCUGCGUCUGCCAGCAUCACACGGCAGGGGACGACUGCCAGAGAUGUCAGGACUUUUACCAGGACAGACCUUGGGCUCGGGCCACCGGGGACUCGGCCAAUGAGUGUUUGCGUUGCAACUGCAGCGGGAGGUCGGAUGAGUGCAUGUUGGACAUGGAGCAGUACCGCAGCACGGGCAGCGGGGGACGCUGCCUCAACUGUCGGGACAACACGGACGGCGCCCACUGCGAGCGGUGUCGGGAGAACCACUACAGGAAGUCGCCCGAUGAUCCCUGCCUGCCCUGCUACUGCAACACCAACGGCUCUACCAGUCUCCAGUGUGACAGCGAGGGACGAUGUGCAUGUGCCAGCGGCGUGACGGGGGACAAGUGUGACACCUGUCACGAUGGCUUCCACUCGCUCGGCCCCGGUGGUUGCAGGCCAUGCGAGUGCGCCCCCGCUGGGAGUGUCGGUGUGUGCUCGCCGGUGGACGGCCGCUGCGGCUGCAAGGCCAACGUGGAGGGAGGGAGCUGCGGCAGAUGCAAGCCAGGCUUCUUCAACCUGCAAGAAAUCAACCCUGCGGGCUGCCAGCCGUGUUUCUGCUUGGGCCACUCACUGGCGUGCUCCUCGUCCAAUCACUUUGUCGCCGUCAACAUCACUUCAGAUUUCACAGAAGAUCAUGACGGCUGGCUGGGGGAGUUCUCCGGGGGGCAUCAUUACCCGUUGCUGUGGAAGGAGGGUGAAGUCUAUCUGCUGCCUCUCUCCGAGGAGGACCUGGGCUUCUACAGAGCCCCCGAGAAAUUCCUAGCGCAUCCAGUCUACAGCUACGGCCAGCUCCUCUCCAUCACCUUCACCUCCGAGACCCUGGAGCUGCUUCCCGACCACGUCACCUUGCUGCUGGAGGGCGCCGGAAUCACGCUGUCUGCCAAACUUUCACCUGGGACGUCGCAAGCGGGCGUGCCGGGCGUGCCGGGCACGCUCCCGCCGCGCAUCUCCUUCACUGUCAGGCUGGAUGAAAGCGAGACGAGUUUCAAACCCACGUUGUCCGCCUUCGACUUCCAGCGUCUUCUUUACAACCUGACAGCUCUGCACGUCAGCAACGCGGGAGGAAUCAACUACACGUCCCAGCUGGCGGGAGUGCGUCUGAGCUCCGCCGUCUCCUCCGCUGUCGCCGGCCCUCCUGCCCCGUGGGUGGAAUCCUGUUCCUGCCCCAGCGGUUUUGUCGGCCAGUUCUGUGAGCGGUGCGGGCCGGGCUUCACCAGGGAGGUCCCCGGUGGUGGACCUUUCUCUCCAUGUGUGCCGUGCGACUGCCACCAGCAUGGAACCUGCCACCCGGAGACAGGCAUUUGCGAGUGCUCAGACUUCACCACCGGGACGAGCUGCGAGCGUUGCCUGGAUGGUUACUACGGCAACGCUCUGACCGGCACCCCAGGUGAUUGCCAGCCUUGCCCUUGCCCCGGCCGCAGCAGCUGCGUUCUGGUGACUGAGACGGCACAGGUGGUCUGCACCAACUGCCCUGCAGGACAGACAGGCACGCGGUGUCAAAUGUGCGACGACGGUUUCUACGGCGACCCGCUGGGCCAGUCAGGAGCGGCACGGACUUGCACCAAAUGUGACUGCAGCGGCAACGUAGACCCAAACGCGGUGGGGGUGUGCGACCACCUGACAGGGCGCUGCCUGAAGUGCAUGGGACAUACGGAAGGCGAGCACUGCCAUCUUUGUCGCCGGGGCUACUAUGGCAACGCUCGUAGUGAAACAGUCGGACAGAAGUGCAAAGCGUGCAGCUGCGACCCCGCCGGAACCUCCGGGCCUGCGCACGAGUGCCACCCUCAGACAGGAAAUUGCAACUGCCUCAGUCAUGUGACCGGGCGGAAUUGCAGCCACUGUGAGGAUGGCUUUUUUAACCUCCGACCCGCCGUAGGCUGCGAGAGGUGCGCGUGUAACCCCGUUGGCUCCUCCUCCUCCGCCUGCCACCCAAUCACAGGCCAAUGCUUGUGCCGCGCCGGCGUGGAGGGGAGAUCGUGUGACUCAUGCCGAGUGGGCUUCUUUGGAUUCUCGUCACGAGGAUGCCGAGCCUGUAACUGUGACCCCAUGGGCGCCGCCGCCAUGCAGUGCCACGCCAACGGGACCUGUCCCUGUCGGCCCGGCUUCACGGGCUACAAGUGUGACAAAUGUGAGCUCAACUAUUUCCACAACAGGGACACCCACCAGUGUGAGGCGUGCCCACUUUGCUACGGACUGGUGCAAGAACAGGCAGAAAAGCUAAAGAUGCGCGUGCAGGAUUUGGAGAAACUCCUCGCUCACUUUGAUUGCCGAGGAAGAUUUGGGAAGCAGCGCCCCCCGCUAAGGUAUCGAGCAGAUGGGAUUCACGAAGGAGAGCGCCAGGGGGAUGAGGCGCUGCCCAACGCUCUGGAGGAAUUCCUGGCCUUCCAAGAGGCUCGCGAGGCCUUCAUGAAACACUUUUCCUCGCUGGAGGCAUCGACGGGCGCGCUCGUCGCCCAGCUGCGACAGCUGACAGACGCUUUGAACUGCAGCAUCAGCGCCACGAAGGAGGAGGAGGAGGAGAGCGCAGGGGUGUGCGCAACGCUGGCGGCCCUGGUGCUUGUCAUCAGGGCGUCACAGAAGCAGCUGGAACAGGCUACGCUCCACCUGGACGCCAUGGUCAUCCCGUUCCAGGCUGUGCCGGGACCUAACAAAUGGAACAUGAUGGUCAAUGAGUCUCAAGUCCUGCAGAAACGUCACAGACAAAGUGCAGAGCACAUCCAGGCCGUGGCCGGCAGGGCGCUCGCCGCCUCCAAGCGCACCUUCAAUUUGCUGAUGGACCUCUUGCAGGACGACUCCACCGAGGACUACACCCAGGAGCUAACUCAGCGGAUAACGAACAUGCAGCAGCAGAGGGACAAUCUGACCGCCCGAGCCGGCGAGAGCGUGGUCCGACACGCGUCUCUGCAGGAUGACGCCGCCGGCUUGGAUCUGGCUCUGAGUAACAUCGCAUCAUCCUUACGUGAGCUGGAGACCACCCUCGCCGGCCCAGCAGGGGGACUUGACACAACACAGUCCCUUUUCCAUAAAACCCAAGAACUGGAUCAGCACCUUCAGUCCAAAGACGCUGCCAUCAGCAAGAUUAGAAACCUCACCCUCCCUCUUGUGGCGUCGGUCCAAAAGAAGCAGGAGGCUGCGAGCGACGUUGCAGAGCUGCAGGCUCGCACCAACGCUGCAAAAGUUCUGGCCUUGGCCUCGGUUGUGGCCGGGAAGGAGGUGGAGUCGGAAGCAGUCAGCCUGCACAGGGAUCUUGGCACCAUGGCUCGAGAGUGGCCGCAUCGACAGGCCCAAACCAAAGCCGCCAUGAAGAAGGAGAGGCCCCUGCAGGAUAAAGUUCUAGCUGCGGUCACCAGGAGGAUCUCUGAGGUAGAAACCUUACUAGAACCUGCGCUGGAAAACUCCAGCCUGGCUCGGAACGCCUCAAGGGAAGCUGAAGGCACCGCAAACACCGUGGCCGAGGAAUCCAAAGGCGCUCUGACGCAGGCCAAACACGCGAGGACGGCCUGCACCCAUCUCAGCUCCCACCUUCAAGUCGCUGUCCAGCGUCUGGCCGAGCAGGCCACGCUAACCGAGACGGCGCACUCGCUGAUGCCCACAGAGACGGCGCCCCCUCUGGUCGGCGCGAGGGAGGACAUGGAGGCGGCAAAGCAGCAGCUGGAGGCCUACUCUGUGACACUGACCCAGCUCAUCAGCAAAAUGGACGAGGGCGUGCCGCUGGAGCGCUUCGAGCUCAUCCUGAACGAGACUGCGCGCCGCUUGAGCAUGCUCCGCGGCAGCGUGGAGAGCCCCGUGCUGGGCGCCAAGAUCCACAAGCUGCGAUCAGCGGCCGAGGAGCAACAAAGCCGACUGUCUCUGCUGGAGCAGGACUUGCAGGAGAUCAGAGAGGAGAGAGACAGUCUCCGGGACAUUUCCGUAAACUUGCCUCAGUCUUGCCCUCAGGCCGGCGUGGCGGGGCGAGGCUAACUCCUGGACAUAACAGACCCCGCUUCCGAAAAUCAUUCCCAUCCUGCCAUAUUUGUCUCCUCCUUGCCCGCAGGUACACCUCGUUUUAGCUUCAUGUCUUGUUCCCUUUUCGGAACGUUCGCAAUCACAGCUUUGAUUUCAUAUCGGUGCCGACGGGUCACUCGGAACCACAGAGUCCAUUGUCAAGGAUUGGAAUUAUAAUAAAUGUUGUUUUUUGUCUUCCAGUGUCAGGCUAAUUUGGAUGUCUCCUUUCCACUCCGGCUGCUUUUCAUCAACAGACUUUAAUUGACAAUUAGCGCUGUGGACCUCAGCGGGACUACAACGCGCUUCUUCAUUGCUGUCACACUUUAUGAUGCUCAGCAGCCAAAAUGUUGACUCCCCCCGUCACUGCACAUACUUCCACAGACCUGCUGUGACAUUUUCCAUCCAGUCUUUUCCUCUCCAGCAGCGUUAAAUGCUUGCGAGGGCCGCGGGUUAUACCUUGACUGCGGUUGAGUGCUACCCAGCGAGCUCAAGCACCCUGGAUCCAAAACGUCGAACUCAGGAGAGUACAGCCCUCGCUUCCCAGCAAGGUAUUUCAACACAGUAGUCCGGGUUUAGACUUCGUCUUACUUAACAUGUCCGAACGGUGCCCUAUUAAGUUGUUUU